AUGAAAGCAAUUCAUAAUUCAGGUCCUCAGAUAAUGAAUGUGCUUCGUGCUUGGGGUAACCUGUCUGGAGUACUGGAAAAUUUUGUCUCGGCGACUUUUAGUUUGAUGGGAGUGUGUAAAUUGAUUGUUACCUGGUAUCAUGGCGAAACACUUCGGCCGCUGAUGGCAUCUAUCAUGACUGAUUGGAUGACUUCUACGAGCGACUGGGAACGAAAUACUAUGUUGAAGAUUUCAAGACGUGGCAGAAGUUUAUCCUUUAGAUGUUGUUUGUCUGCGGCGGGCUUGACUACAUUUUACCUUUCUUUGUAUUUACUGAGGUUCUUUAAAAAUAUAAACCAACCUCAACGGAAUCUCGUCUAUCGAUUAGAAAAUCUUCAAAGGAGUCCAUUCUACGAAAUCACCUAUUUUAUUCAACUAUCUGGAGGAACAUAUUCAGUUCUCGCUAAUUACACCAUCGACAGCUUUGUUUCGAUACUCGUGCUACAAGUGUGCGCGCAACUGAUAAAUCUACGGACGACGCUGAACAAUUUGGUCAAUGAAUUAGUCAGCAAAUCUAUAUCUUCCUCGAGAUUUAGAGAAGGUUUAGCUGCGAUCGUUGUACGACAUGAUCAUCUGAUCAGGAACGCAAAGAUCAUCGACGGCUGCUACAGCCCAGUGUUAUUUGUGCAUGUGUUAGCUGCUACUUUUCAGAUAUGUUUCAUAACCUUUCAAGUUUUCACAAGCACCAAAAUGACAUACGGCGUAUAUGAAUGCAAGUGGUAUGAUAUACCACCGAAACACGCAAAAGACUUAAUGUUCAUUGUAUAUCGAUCUAGGAUUCCUCUUAGAUUGACGAUUGGAAAAUUCGGAAUAUUUUCGUUAGAGAUGUUCGGAAUAAUUCUGAAAACAUCAAUGGGAUACCUAUCGGCAUUGUUAACAAUAAAAGAUUAA